AUGGCCGGAUGCGGUGAGUACGAGGCCAUGGAGAGUAGGACUGGGUGUGGAAGGGGUCAGAGGCUGAUUCUCAGCUUCUUGGUUGGAGCUUAUGCUCAUCAGGGCCUGUACCAAUGCCAUGGUACCGCGUAUGUAAAUACGCCUGCUAUGCCUGGACAGAGGUCUCAACUGCCCUCGGCGUGCUCCAUCCUAGGACAGCGCCCCAAUCAGGGGUUUUCUCUGCGCCCACGCCAACAACUUAAGCUUAGAAUGGGCGUAGAUAUCCCCAUCGGUCCGUCCGACCCCAGCGACAAGUCGAAUGAUGCUGCAAAGAAAGCUGUAUCAAAGGCGUCCGACUACGAGAUCUUGCUCGCCGAGUUGGCCUUCACGAAUCCCGACGAGUUGCCCAAGGUGGUGGAGAAGAACUUGGACAAGUUGGACGACAGCUUCUACAAUUUCCUGGCAAGGAAGAUCGAGGACACCAAGGAUGCGGAUGAGAAGGAGACCUUGGCUGUUCUGAAGGACGCUGUCACGGACCUGAUGCAGAAGAUCCUCAAGGCAGCGAUGGAGCGCGGGGAUGUCUCGAAAGACGACAUCGAGGCAGCCGGGCUGUCGACCUCUGCUCUCUCACUGGACUCUUACAGCACAGCGGACCUUGCUUCUGCAACUUACGACGCCUUCAUGCAAGAGCUGAUCAAGGACCCGAGCAAGAUCUCGACUGCCGUUGAGGCCGGAUACGACAAGAUCGACAUGCGCUUCUUGGAGCGGCUGAACGAGAAGAUGCAAGAAGAUGGGCCCCAGAAGGAGCUCUUGACUCAGUUGAACAGCGCCAUCCAAGCUUGCAUGAGCGCCAGGAUCCAGAAAGCCUCCGACGCGCUGCAGAAGGUGUUGAAGGCCGGAGACCUCAACGGAAUGCGCAAGGAGCUCAUGCUCCUCAAUGCAAAGGGCGGUUUGGAUGAGAGCGUCAUCCUGCUUCUCGAGGCCAACAUAGAUCAAGCUCGCAAGGCAGGAGCGCAGCCUGCUGUCGAGGUCAUGACCAUGUUGAAAGACAAGGCCAUCGAGUACAAGGAUGCCUCCAUGCCCGAUGAGAUUCGCCUCAUCCGCAAGCUGAUGCGAACGGAAGACCCCGAGGUCUCUUAUCCUUUGAGCGAGUACGCGACUAAAGAAGAUGAGCCAGGCAAGGAAAGCUCAAUUCGUGGAAGCCUUCAAACCCCGCGAAAAGGCACUGAGAGAAAAAGCCAGCAAGUGAACGGAAAACGCUUCGUUAAUGCUCUUCGUGACCUCAUCGCGAAUUAUGGAAACGUUGACGAGAAGUUCUUGAAGCAGAUCGACAAGAUUGCCAAGGAAGGAGAGCAAGUGGUUACUGAGAUCUACGGCCUCAACGAGGCCAAGGAUGUGCAGGCUCUGCAGAACGAGGCCUUCCACAAACGCACAGUGUCUGUGUGGGAGCUUGAAGCUCUCGAAGAGUCCUUCGAAGCUUCCGGGCAGAACGCUCCUUGGAGAGGGGAGUCUAGGGGAGGAUGGGACAAGGAUGGCAACCUCAUCAUCGGUGGGAACGAGCUGAAGAAGAAGGGGAAGGAUGGAGGAGAUAGCGGGAUCAUAUGGUGA